CUCUCUCUCUUGGCACCAUUCAUUUGGACAGGGUGGUUCUCCAUUUUCAGACAUGUGUAGGAAACUCUGCUUUUACCUUGUCUUUUUGUUUUUUGGCCCCGUUUACUGUGGGCCUCAGACAAGCCCUCAUGCCAACAUUACAGACCAAGAGCUGCUCUGGGGAGCUGAUCAGUACGACUUUUCUGUGGUGCUUCCUGCAGCUGGGACAGAGUGCAUCUGGCACUUUGCUCACCAUGGAGAGAGAUUUUACCUAAACUUCAUGGUGCAGUGGGUGACUGGAGUCGGCCAUGACAGACACCUGUCAGUCACUGUCAACACGCCCAGUGGUCUGUUAGUAUCCUCUGUUGAUGAUGCAAAGGGUCAGAUCAACUUUGAUGCCAAGGAAACAGGUUUCUAUCAGAUGUGUUUCAGCAACUUUCACAACCGCUUCAGCACCAUGCAGGUCUUCCUCAGCUUUGGCGUCUACUAUGACACUUACCAAGACCCAUCCAAGAGGAAGGAGGAGGAGAAAAAGAAGAAGGAGGAAAUCCAUAAAGAUUUAAACAACACACUGAACAUCAUAGAGGGUUCAAUGCACAAAGUGGAAAACUAUGUGUUCCAUAUGUUCCGCUACUACAGCUUUGGCCGCAUGAAGAAGAGCGCCGACUUCUUCUUGCUGCUGUCUAACUCGCAAUAUAUCACGUGGUGGUCGACAGCCCUCAGCCUGCUCAUCGUCACCUGUGGGUACCUGCAGCUCCUCUUCCUCAAAAGCCUCUUUGUGAACAAGACCAGCACCGAGGACGAGAGGCCACGAUGCUGACAGUCAAAACCAAAAUCUACAGGAAAGCCUCAAAGAAUGUUUAAGAAACCAUAAACUAGAAAGGCUUUGGUUACUUUUAAUCUUUCUGAUGGUUUUUGUGGUUUAUUGUAUUUCUUUACACAGGAUCAAAUAAAUGUUUCCAAUC